ACUACAGACCCCUACAUAUUCUACCCCUAAAAUUUUUCCAAUAAUUAUUUCCAAUAAUUGAAACAGCUCAAAAACAGCCAAAAGGAUUUUUAUAUCAAACAGAUCAUUUAAAAGAAGACGGUUAAUUUGAGCAAGUUGAAAGGCAAAAUACAAAUAUUAAAAAACCGAAAAUGUCAACUCUCAAAAACUAUUUUGGAUAAAACCCAGGGUCUAUUUACAAGAAACGGCAUAUUCAUGUCUGAUAUUUUGGAAUGUAGAAUUACCUACAAAGGUUUGGUCCAAAUCCAUGACCCACCAACCUGGUCGCCCCCUCGUUCGUCCGAAGUUGGUUGCUGUUAAUGAUACCCCUCCAUCAACGAAAAUUAAUUAUCCUUAGCCCACCUGCCAUUCAGCUGGCCUAAGAUAACACGACUAACGAGGUUCAACAACGAGUGGUUGUGAUGAAGAAAAAACAAUCAAGUAAUUUAAACUGAUAGAAAUCUAGCAUGCUACUACUAAUGAGAAACAGAAGUGGAAGAAGUCGAUGAUAAAUUUCUCCUUCCAAUAUCUGCUGCUGAAAGCUGUUAAAAGCUCUCUUAAAAAAAAAACACAGACAUUAGUAGAGCUGAGAAAGACGUAAAGAACAGUGACGAUAUCAUGUUGCUGACACGCAUAAGAGCUUUUGAUCAGCAUUUGGACACUUGCAGUUACAAUAUGUUAUGUAUGUUUGUACGUACUAAUUAUAAUUAUGGAUCAAUAAAAUGUGCAAUAUAUAAUUGCUGUAUUAAUUAAAAUCUAUAGGUAAUCCGAAUGAUUCAAUAAUCCAAACAACCACUUUCUCCAAUUGUUUGGAUUAUGUGGCCCUACUGUAUGCACAUUAUUAUUAUGCCUUUGGAUUUUCUAAAUCAAGCUUAAAUAUAAUUGAAAUUAAAAGCAAGAAAAGGCGGAUCAGGACCAGAAGACGUUUAAAUUACGGUCAAAGUUUUGAUUAUCCAACUUUAAUAAAGUUUUGGUUAAUUUAAUAUGAGCGUUGCAGCGCUAUUUAGAUACGCCUAAAAUCAAAUGCUUUUCCAUCCUGCCUUCGAAACCUUAACAGCGUGCCAAUUUUCUAGUGGUUUCUUUAUGGUUUUUUAUGGAUUUUGGACUCCAGAUCGAACGGAUUCGUUUAAGCCUCGUGCUUCCAAUAAUUGGGAAGAUUCAAAAUGUUUUGGGUUUUCUGUACUUCGUGCUUCACAAGACCAUCUCAAGAGAGUAAUCGCAAAUUUUUCGUUACAAAUUGCUGCCAUGUAAUCUGUGAACAGUGUUUUAACAAAGAACAGCCCAUGUGUAGGAGAUGCGCAACUCCAUGUAAAGUGAUUCUAUGCAAUUCAGAGAUGCCUAAUGAAAUAAAAGAAUUAUUUUCUGAUGCAAACGAAAAAGCUUCUACAUUUUUGAAGGUGUUAGAUUAUCAAAAUACACAACGCUUCAAGCUCAUGUCUUAUUACAAAAUUAAUGCACAAAAAUAUUCGAGGGCCAAACCUAUAUUUAAAGAUCUAGAGAUGAAAUACUACAGUCUAGAAAAAAAGAACGCAUCUCUGGUACAAAAAUGUUUUUCUUUGGAAAAUCACAUCGAGGAGUUGAAUAGAAAAUUAGGUUGGUAUGCUAGCAAAUCCUUCCAUCCUUCUACGUCUUAUAAAUCUCCAUUUCAACAAACAAGUUUCCAUGAUUCACCUGAUGAGGCAUUGAAUACAAUGAGCCAAAACUUCGCAAGGUCUCAAGCUACUCCAUAUUCAUCGAUGAAUAUGGGAAGCAUGUUUGGAAAUUCAAGGGUAAAAAAUGCUUCUCCUUUCUCUUCAGAGUCGUCACAUACACCUUUAAUUAAUUCAUUGAGUUCAAAUAGUUCACUUAGAAAUAAAAUUCACUCGUUUACUCCACCUUCAAAAACAAUUGAGCUGCUAUCUCAGUUAAACAAAUCAAGGAGACCUUUCUAAAAUAUUUGGUUCAAGAUGUUGAAUACAGUGCCAAGAAAUUGUUUAUUUAAAUAAAUGCUUAUUCUGAUCUUU